AUGGCGGAGGAGAAACUAAGAGAUUCACAGACGCGCAGCGGGGUUCCCCCUUCGCCCCCAGCAGUGGAGUUGCAUCUGGAAGAACGACUCCAGCAGUUCCUGAUGCGCCACGACUUCAGGACGCUGGAAAGCAUCGCUGCCGCGGACUUGCGUGCCCUUGGCUUGAAUUGUGAGGACACUGGGAAGAUUCAUGCGGCAUGCGCGAGUGCGCUGCUGUCGGAGUCUCCGCGCUUGCCGCCCCUCGCUGUCUCUUCUCCUUUUUCCCUUCCUUCCUUCGCUCUCGCCACCGCCGCAGAGCUGCUGGGCCUCGAGGCUCGUGAGCGUCGGCGAGCGAGGCGCGCGGAGGCCUCGUCGCCCUUUUCCGCCUCCGCGUCCGCUGCCUCGUCUUCGCCGUCACGGCCUGUCUCCUCUUCCGCCCCGCUGAGGCAGACACCGGAGACUCUCUCUGUCCGCUCUUCGCCGUAUUCGUCGUCGUCAUCAGAGGCGCGCGGCCCGUGCUCUUCGCCCGCAGCCUCGGAAUCGAACCGGGAGCCGUCUCCGUGUGCUGAGAGCCUCGGCGGCGUUGGGGAGCGUGAUGAGACGGACACGCGACCGCAGCGAAAAAGAGAUCCCGUGCAGCAAAGGCAUAAUGAUCCAGGGAAAAGGGGCGAAGCAAACUCGCAUGACAGACCGACGUCGUGGACAUCGGGAUCGGCUAAUCUUGACCGUUUGCUCGGCGGGCGCGGGUGGAGAGCAGGAGAAGUCGUCGAGCUUUUUGGGGCCGAAGGAGGCGCAGCUCUGACGGAGGUGCUCAUUGCCUGCCUGGCGCAGGCCUUGCUCGCUUCCGAGCGGGCUUCAGUUCUUUUCGUGUCGUGUCGGGGCUUCCUUCCCCUCGCGCGAGUGAAGACGCUUCUUUCUCAGAGUGUAAAACGACGGCAGAGUCCUCUGUCUGCCGCGUCGUCCUUUUCUUCGCCUGCCGAAGCGCCGCAGGAAGGGGACGGCGACCUGCUUUCCCUCCUUCGGCGGUUUCGGUUAGCGACGUGUUGCUCUCUGGAGGAGCUGCCGCUUGUCCUGCAAGAGACCAAGCAGCGCCUUCGCCGAAGCCGCCAGGAGGGCGCCGCCGCGCGGAAACGCGCCAGGCACGCUCCCGAGCCGAACCCCGAAGCAGACGAGGAGACGGACCUCCGGCAGGGGUGUGGUGCACGACAAGUCGACCAGAGAGAGGAUUUUGCCGACGCCAGCCGAAAAGGCGCCGUUCAGCGAGCCUCUGGAGAGGAAAGGGAAGCGAAGGCAGAAGCUCAGGCAGCGAAGACGCGCGAAAAGGCAGAGGACGGAGACCGCGUGGCGAAUGAACGCAGGGCGGAGACAAUGAGGGGGAGGGCCGCGUCCCUGGCAUGCGGCACCGAGGCCGCUGAGUGCACCCCAGAGGGCAAACAGGCGAGGCCCUCUGCUGCGCGUUCGCCGUCCUCUGGCGGCGGGCAUCUGGCGGCCGUCGCCAUUGACGGCAUCUCUCUGCUUCUGCUUCCUCACGCCAUGCUAGACGGAAACGCCGUUCUCCAGGAGGUCUGGCGCUUGCUUCGGCAGUUCGCCGUCGCGUCAUCGUCGCUCGUACUGACGACGAACCACACCGUGUCGGCUGAUGCAACUUCAUCGGAAGCGAGUGCUGUCUGCGAGCCUUCGCCGCGCUGCGUGCCUCUUCUCCCGUUCGCUCUUCCUCCUUUGAUGACCAAGCGCCCGGGACUUGGCGCCGCGUGGAGUCGAUGCGCGCACCAUCAGCAGCUUCAAGUCGACUUGCUGGCUGGGCGGCAACGGCAUCGUGGAAGAACCGAAAGUCCAUGUGGCAGCUCCGUGGAAAGCGGCUACCUGGCAAGGGUCGCCGUCAUCAGGUCCCCCAGACAAGCUGCAGGACUCGCUGAUUUCGUGUGGCUGGAUGAGCACGCAGGCGUAAAGGAUCCUCCGCUCUCGUGGCUGCGGCGAGGAGAGACAGACGCGGAUGCCGGACUAAGAGGAGACGCGCGACAGUUUCCAGGCUUGUGA